AUGUCAAAGAGGGUUAUUGUGUUGUACGACAACACACGCUACAUGUUGUACAGAUGUGAUAGAGAGGAUUUGAUCACCAACCACCAACGAACAUUUCCACAGUUCCAUGGCGGCGGUGCUGCUGCUGGCCGCGCUGGCGGCCUGGGCGCCCGGCCCCGCCCCCGCCGGCGCGUCACCGCACCACGGCCGCCGCAUGUCGCCAUGGCGUUGCUCGCCGCCGCCGACUCGGCCGCCGCCGCCGCGCUCGACCUCGACAUGAAGGGGCGGGCCGGCCGCGCGCCGCCCGCACCGCAGCAGCCCCCGCCCCCGCCGCCGCCGCCGCCGCCGCGCCGCCAGCCGGCCUCCUCCUCGCAGGAGGACUCGCUAGUGGUGCAGACGACGCGCGGCCGCGUGCGGGGCGCCACCAUCACCGCGCCCUCGGGCAAGCUCAUGGACGCGUGGCUCGGCAUCCCGUACGCGCAGAAGCCCGUCGGGCAGCUGCGCUUCCGGCACCCGCGCCCCGUGGAGCGCUGGGAAGGCGUGCUCAACGCCACGCGCCCGCCCAACUCGUGCGUGCAGAUCAUCGACACCUUCUUCGGCGACUUCAGCGGCGCCGCCGUCUGGAACCCCAACACGCCGCUCUCUGAGGACUGCCUCUACAUCAACGUGGUGGCGCCGCGCCCGCGGCCUCGCAACGCCGCCGUCAUGGUGUGGAUCUUCGGCGGCGGCUUCUACUCGGGCUCGGCCACGCUCGACGUGUACGACCACCGCAUGCUGGUGUCGGAGGAGAACGUGCUGCUCGUGUCCAUGCAAUACCGCGUGGCGUCGCUGGGCUUCCUCUUCAUGGACACGGAGGACGUGCCGGGCAACGCGGGCCUCUACGACCAGCUGAUGGCGCUGCAGUGGGUGCACGACAACAUCGCCGCCUUCGGAGGCAACCCGCACAACGUGACGCUGUUCGGGGAGAGCGCCGGCGCCGUGAGCGUCUCCAUCCACCUGCUGUCGCCGCUGUCGAGGAACCUUUUCUCGCAGUCGGGCGCGGCGACGGCGCCGUGGGCGGUCAUCACGCGCGAGGAGUCGGUGCUGCGCGGCCUGCGCCUGGCCGAGGCGGUGGGCUGCCCGCACCAGCGCUCGCAGCUGCGCGAGGUGGUGGACUGCCUGCGCAGCAAGGAUGCCACCGAACUCGUCAACAACGAGUGGGGCACGCUGGGCAUCUGCGAGUUCCCCUUCGUGCCCAUCGUGGACGGCGCGCUGCUCGACGACCACCCCACGCGCUCGCUCGCCUCUAAGAACUUCAAGAAGACCAACAUCCUCAUGGGCUCCAACACGGAGGAGGGCUACUACUUCAUCAUCUACUACCUAACGAACCUUUUCAAGAAGGAGGAGAACGUGUAUGUGUCGCGCGCCGAGUACCUCAAGGCCGUGCACGAGCUGAACCCGUACGUGAACGCCGUGGGCCGGCAGGCCAUCGUGUUCGAGUACACGGACUGGGCCAACCCCGACGACCCCAUCGGCAACCGCGACGCGCUCGACAAGAUGGUGGGCGACUACCACUUCACGUGCAACGUGAACGAGUUCGCGCACCGCUACGCGGAGACGGGCAACAACGUGUACAUGUACUACUUCCGGCACCGCUCGCAGAGCAACCCGUGGCCCAGCUGGACGGGCGUGAUGCACGGCGACGAGAUCAACUACAUUUUCGGAGAGCCGCUCAACCCCGAGCACCCCUACAGCCCCCAGGAGGUGGAGCUGGCGCGGCGCAUGAUGCGCUACUGGGCCAACUUCGCCAAGACC